GGGCUUGAGUGAUCAGGUGGAGGGCAGGGGCAAAAGUGGGACACCCAGACAGAGGCUGCCAGCCUCAUCAGUCCUGACUCAGGCCAAUGGGCACCCCACCUGCAGCAGCCCUAGGAGAUGGAGCAGCCCGGCCCACAUGGCCCGGCCUCCCGCCCCUGACUUGACUUGAUAACGAACCAGAAACUGAAACAGGGUCAGGAUUCCCGGCUUGAAGUCAGAGAUGAGUCACUGCUCAGAGCAGCUGCAAUAGCUGAGAAGAGGCACCAUAGAGGCAGGCAGCGCAUCUGAGGGUCCCCGGUGGAACAUGGCAAGAGGCAUGGAUGUGGUGGCCAUGGACUGUGAGAUGGUGGGGCUGGGGCCCUUCCGGGAGAGCGGCUUGGCUCGCUGCAGCCUCGUGGACUUCCACGGCACCGUGCUCUAUGACAAGUUCAUCCAGCCCGAGGGCGAGAUCACUGACUACAGAACCCCGGUCAGCGGAAUCACAGCUCGGAACAUGGAGGGGGCCACCCCGUUCGCCGUGGCCAGGCUGGAGAUCCUGCAGCUCCUGAAAGGCAAGCUGGUGGUGGGUCAUGACCUGAAGCACGACUUCAAGGCGCUGAAGGAGAACAUGAGCAACUAUACCAUCUACGACACCGCCCAGGAUAGGCUGCUGUGGCGCGAGGCUGACCUGCACUACUGCCGACGCGUCUCCCUCCGCCUGCUGAGCCAGCGCCUGCUCGGGCGGCGCAUCCAGGACAGUGUGUUGGGACACAACUCGGUGGAAGAUGCCAGGGCAACAAUGGAACUUUACCGACUCUCCAGAAGAAUUCGAGAACAAUGAGGGCUGCCUGUCAGGUGCACCCUCCCCAAGGACUAGAGGACUUCAUCUCUUCAAGACAAAAACUCCCUUACUUUUGGAAAAUGCAUUUUUAACAGUAAAAUUUCUCUAUAUUUUCUCUACA